GACCUGACGUUAAUCAUAAGAUCUUCUCUAAGCUCUCACGGCAUCAUAUUCAAUUCACUGCUUCAAUAUGGGAUCCCAGACCCCAGAGGAACAUCAACAAAUUCCCGAUGCCUCUAACUCCGCUGAGCUCAAACCAGCCAAUCAAAAUCCAAAACCUUCUAGCAAGGGUUCAAGCUCGGCUGAUUUGGAUCGCGGGAUUAUUGGCGAUGAUGAUGGUGAGGACGAUAACGAUGGUGUCGAAGAAGGACCAGGGGUGAAAGAGCUUCCGUCUAAUGAAAAGAAAAAGAAGCGGAAGAAGCCAAAGAAGAAGAACAGGCAACCAACAGAGCUUAGACAGACCAAUCCACCACGUUUGCUUGUCUCUAGCUUAUUUCCAUCAGGGUUUCCAAAGGGAGAACUCUUGCAGUAUGAGAACACGUCCCGUAUUACGGACGAGGAAUCGCGUUUUAACUCUCGCCUCUGGGAUGAAGGAUUUCUUGACGAUUAUCGCGAAGCUGCAGAGAUUCACCGACAGGUUCGUCAAUAUGCGCAAAAGGAGCUCAUCAAACCGGGAGCAAGUCUUCUAUCAAUUGCCGAUGGAAUUGAGGAUGGAAUUCGUGCAUUGUCUGGCCAUCACGGACUAGAGACCGGAGAUAGUUUGAAAGCAAGUAUGGGGUUUCCCACAGGCCUUUGUCUUAACAACAUUGCAGCUCAUUGGACACCAAACCCGGGUGGAAAAGAUGUUAUUCUGAAGAAUAGCGAUGUACUAAAAGUAGACUUCGGAGUGCAAGUAAAUGGUCGUAUCGUUGAUUCAGCAUUUACAGUCGCUUUCGAUCAUACGUAUGAUAACCUCCUAGCAGCUGUGAAAGAAGCAACUAACACCGGUAUUAUGAAUGCUGGUAUUGACGCAAGAAUGAGUGAUAUCGGCGCUGCUAUCCAGGAGGUUAUGGAAAGUCAUGAAGUAGAAAUUGGAGGAAAGGUUUUCCCGGUAAAAUCUAUUCGAAAUAUUACCGGCCAUGAUAUCCUUCGAUACCAUAUCCACGGCGGCAAGCAAGUCCCCUUUGUCAAAAAUAAGAAUCGAGAUAAGAUGGAAGAGGGAGAAGUCUUUGCAAUUGAGACUUUUGGCAGUACUGGAACGGGCUAUUUGCGAGAUGACGUUGGCAUUUAUGGCUACGGACGGAGUGAUGAUGUUACAACUGCUAAUGUACAGCUUUCGUCCGCCAAGGCUUUACUCAAGACUAUUGACGCCAACUUUGGAACCUUAGUGUUCUGUCGCCGCUAUUUGGAGCGUCUCGGGGUCAAAAACUAUCAUCUUGGGAUGAGACAUUUGAUAGACAGUGGGAUAAUGGAGUCUUACGCUCCACUUGUCGACAUCAAGGGCUCAUAUACAGCACAAUUUGAACAUACAAUUUUGCUCCACAGUGGUGGUAAAGAAGUCAUCAGUCGUGGCGACGACUAUUAGGAACUUGCAUUUGCACUUGCAAUUGGAUCUUUCAUUUACAUAUCUUUCUUUCUCAAAAAAGAACUUGAGUAUUCAACAUACUCAUGUUCGCUUACCUCAAGCUACCAGACCAUGAUCAGAUUUCGGUGAUUAUCUCUAGCAUAUCCAUAGUUUUUGAUUUUCAGACUAGCUAAAGCACAACUGCGCUUUCUACAGCAUUCACCAUGUUUAUCUUCUUUCUCAACCUUCCUUUUGACCGAACAACCGCGGUAAUACGAUUGCUGUGUUCA